GGGGCGGGACGCGGACCCGAAGCGCCUGAAGAACCUUCCAGAACCGUCCUGUGCAUCCGGGAGACGUCCCUCUGACCUGCGGUCCGCCAUGGGCCUGAAGUUCAGCCAGCCCCCCUCCAGCCCCUUCAAGGCCCCCGGCUUCCUGUCCUCCUUCAGACGCGCCUCGUCCCGGCAGCCCAGCUUCAACCCGCCCCUCCAGUCCCUCCACCCCAGCAUCUUCUCCACCCUGAGGAGACCUCCGGCGGUCAAGCCCGGCGACUUCAUCCCCCUGUUCAGCGACUGCGUCUCCGCCGCCUCCAGCAGGACCCAGGAGUACCUGGGGUUCCAGGACCCGGAGGACAAGUUCCACCCGAGUCCCGAGACGCUCACCCAGAUCUUCCUGAUGACCUACAUCUCCCGGAGCGUCAGCCUCAACAUGGCGGACGCCUUCAGCUGCACGGCCAUGACCCCCGAGCAGCGCGUCCUGCUGGGGGCCGACUGGGUCUGGGCCCUCCUGGAGAAGCCCACCAAGACCCCCAAGGUCCAGAUCGCCGUGCAGGUCCUGCACCUGCCGCGCAGGAAGGAGGCGGAGCCGACGGAGGCGCCGUCCUCGGACUCCCGCAGCGAGUCGGUCCAGAUGGCCCGGCUGGAGGGGGGACACCGGAGCGUCCAGGAGCGGCUGGUGGACUUCUGCUCCUCGGUGGGGAAGGACUGCUACGCCCUCUUCCUGUUCUUCGGGAGGAAGAACGACCGGGAGAACGUCUACGGCGUCCUCAGCAACAACUUCGAGGCGGCCGUCGGAAAGUGCAGCAAGAUCGACAGGACUCUGAUCGAGAACUUCUUCAAGGGUUCCCGGUACCUUCACACGCCGUCGGGGAUGAUGCAGGCCAUCGUGACCAAGAAGAAGGACGACCCCCUCACCCUCAUGGUCAAAUUCAGCUGAGACGCCGCCGGGGUUCCGCCCGUCCUGAGGAACCGGGCCGCCGGACUCAGAGUCUGCAGCCCAGACGUCACUCGGUCCUCAUUUUACCGAGUCUUGGUGCUCCGAUCAGAUUUACUGCCGAAAUCUGGCUUCUCUGACUGAUUUCAUGAAACUCAUCACGUUCACUGAAGUUCAAGCUUCUGCUGAACCGAGCGCUAACUGCAUGACGACGGUUCGAUGCUAAUGCCGUUCUGCCCGAGACGUUUGCUAAAAACAUUUCCAGGAUCUGAUGUGAUGAGAUGCAGCUUUAUCGUCAUCGUUCUCAUAAAAUGUCUUAAAAAGUCUUUCACCGGCGA